GCCUUCCCCAUUGUUCUCUUAACACUGGGUGCCUGGGGCCCUGGCAAGGUUGUGGGGGACAUCUUGAGCUGAAGCAGGGUUUUGAGCCUCUGCUGCUGCUGCCAUUGUCACCAUGGUCUCAGCUCUGCGGAGAGCACCCCUGAUCAGGGUGCACUCAAGCCCUGUUUCUUCUCCUUCUGUGAGUGGACCACGGAGGCUGGUGAGCUGCCUGUCAUCCCAAAGCUCAGCUCUGAGCCAGAGUGGUGGUGGCUCCACCUCUGCCGCCGGCAUAGAAGCCAGGAGCAGGGCUCUCAGAAGGCGGUGGUGCCCAGCUGGGAUCAUGUUGUUGGCCCUGGUCUGUCUGCUCAGCUGCCUGCUACCCUCCAGUGAGGCCAAGCUCUACGGUCGUUGUGAACUGGCCAGAGUGCUACAUGACUUCGGGCUGGACGGAUACCGGGGAUACAGCCUGGCUGACUGGGUCUGCCUUGCUUAUUUCACAAGCGGUUUCAACGCAGCUGCUUUGGACUACGAGGCUGAUGGGAGCACCAACAACGGGAUCUUCCAGAUCAACAGCCGGAGGUGGUGCAGCAACCUCACCCCGAACGUCCCCAACGUGUGCCAGAUGUACUGCUCAGAUUUGUUGAAUCCUAAUCUCAAGGAUACCGUUAUCUGUGCCAUGAAGAUAACCCAAGAGCCUCGGGGUCUGGGUUACUGGGAGGCCUGGAGGCAUCACUGCCAGGGAAAAGACCUCACUGAAUGGGUGGAUGGCUGCGACUUCUAGGAUGGACGGAACCAUGCACAGCAGGCUGGGAAAUGUGGUUUGGUUCCUGACCUAGGCUUGGGAAGACAAGCCAGCGAAUAAAGGAUGGUCGAACGUGAA